AUGGAUGAUCCACAGUUCAAGCUAGGUAAUGCAUUUGUUUUGUUUAACAAGUAUAUUGUUCUCUUGAUUGAAGAAAUUUUUGAUAGUAUGUUAUGUUCAUUUCUGCCAGGGAUGAAAUUCGACAACGUUAAAAUUCUAAGGAAUGCAGUAGUUCAAUACUCAGUCAAAAAUUUCAGGCAACUGAGAUACGUGAAAAAUAUGAGGACACAGUUGAGAGUUCGAUGUCAAGAUAAUUGCCCUUGGGUUCUGUAUGCGUACCAACAACCCGACAAGAGUUUUAGAAUUAGCACACUGGUAGAUGAACACGCAUGUACCAUGGUGUGGCAAAAUAAAAGGGUUAAUUCAGGAUUUUUGGCAAAGUACGUAAGGAAAUUUAGGUCUGAUUCCAACAUUCCAAUGAGUACUUUUAUGGAGACUGUGAAAGAGGACUGCGUGUAUGAGAUUUCAAAGCAUCAGUUCUACAGGACAAGAUCGAAAUGUGUAGAAGUUAUUAAUGGGAUUGUAGCUGAGCAGUAUAAAAUUUUAUGGGAUUACGAUGAGGAAUUGAAGAGAACGAAUCCAGGCUGCACAGUGCAAAUCGAAGGUUCGGGUCAUACUUUUAAGAGAUUGUACAUCUGCUUAGGGGCUUGUAAGGAAGGGUUUACGGCUAGGUGCAGGCCAGUUGUUAGGUUGGAUGGAUGCUUCGUAAAAACUACAGAAGGUGGGCAGUUGUUGGCAGCUGUUGGCAUCGAUCGUGAGAACUGUAUAUUCCCGUUAGCAUUGGCAGUUGUGGAUGUGGAGAACAAAACAAACUGGCAAUGGUUCAUAGAAUUGUUGGUUCAUGACAUAGGGAUGCACAACCCUCGAGUUUGGACAUUCAUUUCCGACAAACAAAAAGAUUUGGUGGAUUCAAUAAGUCAAUACUGUGAAGGAGUGGAGCAUAGGUGUUGUGCUAGAGAUCUUUAUAGCAAUUUCACCUUGGCACACAAAGGUUUGGCCCUUAAGAAUCUCUUUUGGACUGCAGCAAGGGCAACAAUAGUGCCAGAGUGGAAAAGUGCAAUGAAUGAGUUAAAAGACAUAAGUGAAGAGGCUUACAACUGGUUACUUGAAAAACCUCCUUCCCAGUGGACUGAUCCCAUUUCGAAGAGCAUUCGAGAUGUGAUAUUCUUCUUAAUAAUUUGUGUGAGGCAUUCAAUUCUUCCAUUGUUGUUGCCAGAAACAGGCCCAUCAUCUCGAUGCUAG